CAGGAAAAAGUGAAAAUGGAACAAGUGCCGCUGGCAAAAAAGCAAAGAUAUGCAUUUCUGUUGGAGAGUUUAAUCUGAACAACAGAGCUAAGACUUUUCACCACGGAAACCGAAGGCAAGCUGGCAUGCUAUUCCCUUCAACACAAGUUCCACCUCAGGGUCCAUAAAUGAGAGACAGGUGGAGGGAGAGAAAAGGGGAUGCGAGUACGAGGCUCAGAGGAGAUGCGUGCCACAGGAGAAAUAAGCACAAACCAGCCUGAGGUCACCAAGACGCAGGCCUUUAGAGAUUAACCCUCCACAGGAAGAAACCAGAGAAAUCGUCUUACGGACAGAACAGGAGUGUGCAACUCUUGUCCAGCUCAUCAAGCAACAGAUUUCUGGACUUAUCUUCCCCCCCCCCAUCUUAGAGCCAAAACCAUUUUAACAACCUGUGAGUUAAUCCCGCCCUGUUAAAACCGGAGUUGCGGUCUCUUUGGGUCGCCGUCGGUGUUGCUAUGACCUCCCGAGAGGCUCCAAGGGCUGCCUGUGUAGGCAUGGCGCUGAGUGCCUUCUUCUGGUGGUUUACUAUUCUGUCUUUGACCCACACUGGCGGGGUCAGGGGGGACUGCUGGCUCAUUGAGGGAGAGAAGGGCUUUGUAUGGCUGGCCAUCUGCAGCCAGAACCAACCGCCUUACGAAGCCAUCCCGCAGCAUAUCAACAGCACCAUUGUGGACCUGCGCCUGAACGAGAACAAGAUCAAAAGCAUCCACUACUCAGCCUUGAGCCGCUUUGCUAACCUGACAUACCUGAACCUGACCAAGAACGAGAUCAACUACAUCGAGGAUGGGGCCUUUUCUGCCCAGUUCAACCUGCAAGUGCUUCAGCUGGGCUUCAACAGACUACGGAACCUGACUGAGGGAAUCCUCCGGGGUUUGGGCAAGCUGCAGUACCUCUACCUCCAGGCUAACCUGAUUGAGACUGUGACACCCAAUGCCUUCUGGGAAUGCCCCAACAUCGAAAACAUAGACCUGUCGAUGAACCGCAUCCAGCAGCUGGACGGAUCGACGUUCACCAGUUUGACGAAGCUGACGACUUGCGAACUGUACACCAACCCGUUCAAUUGUUCCUGCGAGCUCCUGGGCUUCGUCAAGUGGCUCUCCGCUUUCCCCAACAGAACAAACGAACGCAUGGUCUGCGAUUCGCCGCCCGGUUUCUCAGGCUACAGCCUCCUCAGCCAGAACCCAAACAACCCCACUUACCGCAAUGCGCUGCACAUGCUGUCCACUGUUUGCACCGAUGACUAUGUGACUCCUUACAUACCGGUGCCUCCUGACACCACUACUUUUCCACCAGACUCUACCCCUUGUGGGUUGGAGGACUGCCCCUCAGGAACUGAGCCGGACGAGGGCAUAGGCAUCAGUCCGACCUACAUCGAUCCUGACAUGAAACCUAUUAUGAAGUUAAAGCAAGUUUCACACAAGAGUGCCACCAUCCUGGUCCAGAUCCCAAACCCAUACAGGAAAAUGUACAUCCUGGCCCUUUACAAGAACAGCUUCUUCACCGACAUCCAAAAUCUGAAGCUUAAUAAAGAGGAGAUUGAGCUGAAAAACCUGAAACCCCACACAGACUACACAUACUGCGUGGUCUCCAUACGGAAUUCUUUGCGGUUCAACCACACAUGUUUGACUAUCUCCACGGGACUCAAAAAUGAGAAAGAGAACCACUCGGUCAACAGCUCCACUGCCACCCACUACAUCAUGACCAUCCUCGGUUGUCUCUUCAGCAUGGUGAUAUUCUUGGGGGUGAUCUACUACUGUUUGCGUAAAAAGAGACAAAAAGAUGAAAAGCACAAAAAAUCUGACAGCCUCAAGAAAAAUAUCAUCGAGCUCAAGUAUGGUGCAGAACUUGAAGGGGGAACGAUGCCACGGAUGUCACAGAAGCAGAUGAUGUCUGGAGACAGCAUGUCCAGGAUGCCGUACCUUCCCCCGGGUGAAAUCGAACAGUACAAACUUCAGGACAUAAGCGAAACGCCAAAAAUGGCCAAGGGGAGUUACAUUGAGGUACGCACCGGCGAGCAACCGGAUCGCCGGGACUGCGACCUCACCAUCUCUGGGAACAACCAAGGCUCGGUGGCUGAAAUCUCCACCAUCGCCAAAGAGGUGGACAAAGUCAAUCAGAUUAUCAACAACUGCAUAGACGCCUUGAAAUCAGAAUCCACGUCAUUUCAAGGGGUGAAAUCCGGAGCCGUGUCCAACGCUGAGCCUCAGCUGGUGCUGAUCUCCGAGCAGCCUCCCAGCAAGCAGAGCUUCCUGUCCCCCUCUUACAAGGAUAGCUACCACCACUCUUUACAGAGGCACCACAGCACAGAGGCCUCCCCUAAGCGCCCCAGCACCUCCUGCGGCCCCAUGCGGAGCCCCAGGCCCUACCGCUCGGACAUGGCCUACAAGUCAGAGGCCAAGUACAUCGAGAAGACUUCCCCGACGGGCGAGACCAUCCUGACGGUCACGCCGGCGGUGGCCAUCCUGAGGGCGGAGGCGGAGAAGAUCAGGCAGUACAGCGACCACCGGCACGCCUACCCGGAUUCACUCCAGGUGGAGCAGCUGGAGGGGCCCGGGAAUCGCAAGGCCUCCAUUUUGGAGCCCCUCACCCGCCCCCGCCCCAGGGACAUGACCUACUCCCAGCUCUCUCCCGAGUACCACGACCUCAGCUACGCCUCCAGCCCGGAGUUCUACUGCAAGCCGUCCCAUUCCUUUUGGGAGCGCUUCAAGAUCCACCGCAAACGGCACAAAGAGGGGGAGUACAUGGCAGCAGGGCAUGCGCUGCGCAAAAAAGUUCAGUUUGCCAAGGAUGAGGACUUGCACGACAUUUUAGAUUAUUGGAAAGGUGUAUCGGCUCAACACAAAUCUUGAUUCCUCUCAGACUUCUAUUUUGGGCCAAAAUAACUACACUAAAAAAAACUGAAAGCAUUUCAAUUCCAUAUAGAGAGGGAAAUUAAGCUUAAAUAAUUAAUACUGAGGCUCCUCUGCAGGUGUUUUACUUAAAUUUGUGGACUGACUGAAAAUGGAACAGUGGAAAUGCCGGUCUAACGUUUGUAAUGAAAUUAACAGGAAAAUACCUUAUCUUUUACCGCGAAAAAGAAAACAAAAAAAAUGCAUUUGGAAUAUAAUUAUUUGGGUAUCGCAUGGCCGUGUCCUGUGACCGUGGAUUAACUGUUGUGUACUUUAAGAGAAUCCAAACCAACAAAAGCAAACGUGUCUGCUGAACACUUCGUAUACAAGACUAUGUUUCUUUUCCUCUAAGAACUGCAUCCAUGCUGUCUGCACACACACUUCUCACUGUGCAUUGUGGAGGGAGAAAGAGAGGACGAGAUUGAUUUGUUCUACACUCUGAAAGAACUAUGAACAGAAAUAAAUUUAUAUAUUUACAACUUUUUUGCUGUAAAAUAUGCCUGUUUGAAUCAGGUUUUAACCGUGGAUUUCAGAGACAGCAUCUUUAUUACUAUUCUGUUGGUCUCAGAUGAAUGUCUUCUGUCCUGAUGGAUAAAAAUUGCACUGUUCAAUGAAAUGGUACAUUAUUCUACAUGCCCCAUUGUUUUCUCCCUCCCCUACUCUUGCUAUCCCAUACUUACUUGCAGGUAUCACAGAGCAAACUGCACAAUAUCUGAGGAAAGGUCUGCGCAAUAUCGGUAAUGUAAAAUAUUAGAUAAUUCCAGUUAAAUACCAACACCCACAAUGGAGAGACCGGGAAGUGUAGCAAAAGUUCCAGAGGCAAGCCUCCUGCUCCUGUUUAUGACGAGGCUGGUUUAUCGGCAGCUCCAAGCUUCUGUCCCAACUGGUAAAAAGUUGACAAGACUCGCAAACAACAGCGAGGUUUUCCGUGGGAGCGUCUCGAAUCAUUUGAAGACACAAGCCAGUUUGGAGAUAAAUGGUUUUAUUUGUCUACAUUUCUUUUCCAACUGAAAAAUAGAAACUGUUGUUGCCACUUUUUUUUCCCCUCCCCUCUGAGUUGCCUCAGUUCACCACAGAUGCCUUGAGGUAUAGAGACUCACCAGACCCGUCAUCAGUUUGGAGGAGAAGGUUCGGUGCUGGAGCUUUUCACUGCUGUUCACUGGCGGUCUCUCGACAACAGAUGCGUUUCGUACCUAUUACACAGCAUACCAAUCUACAGAUAGCGAAUGGGCUUCUCCCUCUGUAGCCCAGAUGCGCCAUUUUCUUAUGUAAUUACGUUCAACCAAAGUGCUGCAGCAGAGAGGUCUCACAUGCCCUGCAGACAUUACAGAGCCCAGACUGAACCUAUAGAUCUAAGGAUGAAUGUAUUCACAUCAUAAAAGUAUGUGGCAGCUUUUUUUUUCUCUUUACAGUUGCUGCAGUCUUUGUUACUCACAAACCUUAACCCCCCUCUCCAUAUCCCCCCAUCUGUUUUGUGGAACCCAGUGCAUCUAAUUGGUUUUCCUUUUUUUCUUGUCAAGUGUUUGUUUAAAAAGAAAAAAAAAACUACAAACAACAUGAAAAAGUAAUGGGUGUUAGCAAUUGAUAGUCUGUUACUGUAGGAUGUUUUUUUUAUGCUGGGCUUAACAUUUUGAAACAUUUAGUGACACAGGGCAAAAGAGUGACUAAACCAACCAGCUGAAGAGUGACUGAGUUUCUGCGCUAAUGUUGCUAAGUAUUAAUUUCAUUAGCAAAGUCUUGUUUUUAUAUUCCAGAGCCGAACUGUUGCCACUGAAUUCUGUAUUAUUCUUCUUUUUUUCUUCUUCUUCGACUGGGUGAUAGAAGUAAUCGGGUUGUUCUUUUUCUUACUCCCACCGCCUUAAAAUCCAGGGUUUAUCAUCUUUUUUAUUUCUUACAUCUUUUCUCUCUGUUUUUCUUUUCAGUAUUUAGAUGUUUUUUUGUUGUUUUUUUUACAUCCAAACUCAUUUGCUAUUAUUAUUUUUCUAAAUGUGACUCUAUAGGCUACACAAGCUCUGUGUUUUAAGGACAAAUUAGCAGGCAACCUGUGUGUUUUUUUUUUGUUUGUUUGUUUUUGUUUUUUACCGCGUACUGUAGCACUCCAGUGUGUGACAGUGAAGCCAGACAGAACAGGGAGACCUUCAGACGAAACGGUUGACUCGGAAGUAGCACCCACUUAGAAUGGGCUACACUACGAAAGGCUGACUCAACUGAACUUCAGACAGGAUCAAAAACAGCCCCGGCUGAGAGACAUAUUAGAAGCGAACAAGAGCACAAUAAAGUGAUUUUUUUUUCUUUCUUUCUUACUGCUAUGUUAUAUCUGCUUCAGACAAAAUACUGUGAAAUAAAGGGAAGGGUUGGAUCAAUA